AAAUCCCAAAUCAAAGGAAAAUCCCUCCUCUGAUUUCGAAUAACAUGCCCAAAAGUCUAGCUCAAGAACUGACCACAUGUUUGAAUCUUCUUCCUCAUUCACUUUUCCCCUGUUUUUACUUUUUUUUUUCCUUAUAAAAUCAUAAUUGAAAGGCAUCAUAAGUGAUUAUGUCUAAACGAAACUAUGCCUUUGUCAUAUUCUGAAAACUGAACCACAAGUCAAAACUUCAAUACGUCAAAGGACCCACCAGCCCCACCUUCAUGCCUUUAAUCCCGCCGAGACUCAGCUUUCCUAAUAAUCCUCAUAUCAUAAAUAUAUAUAGAGACCUUCACUCACUUCACAUAAUCAAGCUCAGUUCCACUACGAUCAGUUGUUUUUGUUUUUUUAAACUUACUUUGGUAUUUGUUUUCAGUAAAAAAAAUGGCGGUCGAUGAUUCCUUCAAAAAACCUGGAGCUGUUCCUUUUAAGUGGGAGAUCCGACCCGGUGUUCCCAAGCUCCAACAACGUGAACUAUCGUCACACAAAGAGAAACAACAGAAACAGAGGCAGCCACCGCCGCCGUUGCCACCACCAGCGUCGCCUUUUAUAAACCAAAGUUCGUUCCCAACUCCUCCACCCGGAAUACAGCCUAAAGUACAAAAGCUUAAACCCCCACCAGCUGGAUCCUACUACAUCUUAUCUCCUGAGCCCCGGAGUCACUCUUUUAGGUCUACCCCACGUACCCGAUCCGGGAGUUUCCGGUUCGACCAGCCUGCCCGACUCCGGCCCGAAUGUGUUCAAACGGGGUGCUUCCCGUCGCCCUUGCUUAGGCGAAAAGGGAGCAAGAGGAGGACACAAAAACUCGAACCUGAACCUGAUUAUGUUUCGGACCUUGAGACACGGUCGCGAUGGUCGGUGUCGAGCCGAAGGUCGGUUUCACCAUUCUACAGCUCGCCGGCUUCAUCCUUUUCAUCACUCAGGUCAUCGCCCCGACCUGUGGCUGAUGUUGAAUGGGCCGGGUUUGGAUUUUUUUGAGAGAAAAAAAAUUAGCUUGUAUAGUGUUUUUGGCGAGAAAGUAAUCAAAUCAUGCCUAUUAUAUAAAGGUAUGUGAAAUUUGGUAAUUUGAUAGUUGUAUAUUUGACAUGGGAUAAUUUGUUACUUCCAUUUAUCCCUAUCAAAGGCGUAAAUGAUAUUGCGCCCAGUAAAAUUGGAAUGUAAUCCCAAGGUUUUGCCGUAAAUUCAAGUGUGAAACUUUUUUUUA